UCUCAAAAGCCCCUGCCAUUGUUUGCACGCGGUUGCCAAGCAACGGUGAAGUGUUGUGCAUCAACUCAGCUGCAAAAUGGACGAAUAUCAGUCUACCGAAGAGACUGCAUUCGUUGUUGAUGAUGUCAGCACGAUCAUCAAAGAUGCCGUAGAGAGCACGAUCGGCGGCAGUGCUUACCAGCACAACAGGGUCAACCAGUGGACCUCCAGCGUCGUGGAGAGCAGCCUCAAUCAGCUCACCAAGCUCGGCAAACCUUUCAAGUACAUCGUGACCUGCAUUAUACUGCAGAAGAACGGGGCAGGUCUCCACACCGCCAGCUCUUGUUUUUGGGACAACACGGUGGAUGGAAGCUGUACUGUUAGAUGGGAGAAUAAAACAAUGUACUGCAUCGUCAGUGUUUUUGGACUGGCAAUUUAGGAGCUUGAAGCUGCUCCAUGUCUGCAGAGCUGAACCAAGUUUCAGAUACUCAACCUCUCACUUUGGGUGAAUUCUGUUUUUUUAUGAAUUCGCCUCCUGGCUCCCAAAGCAAUUGGUGUAGUCAUACUUCACCUCAUUUAACCAUUUUCAGUAACAUCAUUUUCUUUUGCUUCCUGUUCACACUUAGAUAAAAAUAGACAAAAGUAAAAAAACAUGUCUGUCUAUUUAAAUCUGAUCUGUAGCUUUUAACCCUUAAUCAAUAUUAGUGUAGAAGAACAGAUCUGUCAGAUCAUACCGCUGUGAUUGGAUACCAUGACUAAUAACAGCAAAUGUACAUUUAACCUUACUCAAAAAUGAAGUAUGAAAGAUGCCUACCAGUGGCUGUUGCUUUAACUACCAAAAGAAACAAGACUAGACAAAUACCAUAUUAACUGGUUAAUCUAGAAUACUUGGUUAUCUCAUGUGAGGUAUCAGUCAGCUGGAAAGGCCUAUAUGUACAUCAAUGAGAAACUGAUGGUUUAUUGACUGUAUGAAUGUAAUUUGCAAUGUAGGCUUCAUUUAAAUAAAUUCAUUUCAAUACACUUUUAAA